CGGCAAUCAAAUGGAACCUGCACCAAACAUCACAAUCAAUAUUACGGCACACAUCUACCUUUGCAUCCAAAAUUACAAAGAAACGUCGCAAUAACCCUUCAAUAACAAAACCGCACCACUAUCAGACCCAAAAACAGAGUUCGCCAACCACCCAAAAUGACAUCAACAACCAAAGACCCCUCCACCAGCGGCGCCAGCCCCGACUCCGACUCCGAGGACGAUUACAUGAAAAUGACUUUCGCCGAUGAACCCUCCACAACAACCUCCAGCAAAAGUGGAAAGCCCAUUGAAACCUCUCUCCAGCGCCGCCUCCGCCUCCAGCGCGAAGGUGAGAUACGCGGCCGUGUCAAGUCCAAAGCCGAGCUCGCAGCCGAAGAGGAAGCUCGUCGAGAAGCCGCACUGUCAACCUCUCUGUUUAGCAAAUUCGUUCCUUCGCCAUCAACGGCACCCUCCUUUACUUCCCCUUCGUCAGCAACAGUACCGCCACCACCACCACCACCCACAGCAGCAAAAAGCAAAGGUCUAGCGAUGAUGGCCAAAAUGGGUUUCGUCCCCGGCAAUGCUCUAGGUGCUGGUGCCACGGAGGGUCGGACGGAACCCAUCAAAAUCAGCAUCAAAGAUGGGCGCGAGGGCAUCGGGCUGGAGAGCGACCGGAAACGCAAGAUGAGGGAGGCUGCCGAGGCGGCCGGGGAAAUGGCCAAGAAAGCCAGGGUGGAUGAAGAAGGGUAUCGCGAGCGUCUGAGGAGGGAGAGGGAGGAGGCGAGGCUGGAGAGACAGGUACUUGCUGCGCAGAAGGUGGCGGAGGGGAUGGAUGAGGAUCAUGAGAAUGAGGCGAGAGGUGGUGGUGGUGAAAAGGGCAGUGGUGAGGGGGAAGUGCAGAAAAGUGAGGAACGGGAUGAUACCGACGGCGGCAAUUCUCAAUCAAGGAGGAGGAGGACUCGUACCGACUCUUGCCGGCCUCUUCGCUCUAUUCCUGUUGUCUACCGCGGUCUCAUCCGCUCGCGCGAAGAGGCCAGGCGCGAGGCUAUGAUGCGGCAUGACCUGGAGCAGAGUAGCACUCUGUCGUCCACGCGACUACCUACGUAUGUCGAUGACGAGCUUGAUAUGGACGACAAACAUGCUCUGGGUAAGGAUACUACUACCGUCCACAGGCCAUGGAACACAUAUGUAAUGGCGGAGGAUCUCGAUGAAGAGGAUCCGGAGCUGGAUGAGUUCAACACUCUCAGCCCUGACGAGCGGUUACGGCGCUUGGUGCAAUACAUGCGCAACAAGCAUCACUAUUGCUUCUGGUGUAAGGCGAACUAUGAUGAUGCUGAGAUGGAUGGAUGCCCUGGAUUGACAGAGGAGGAGCAUGAUUAAAGAGAUUGCACACGUGGUUUGAUCCUAUCUUGCAAUGCAAAUCAAGCCAGUUGAGGAUCCAUGUCUCUUUCCUAUUCAAAACACGCACCACAAUACAUUGAUGAAAUAUUUCCAACAAAGGUGAUGAUGAAGAAUGUAGGUAUGUGCUUUGAAGAGAGAAAAGGAUAGGAAAAAAAUGGCUACUACGAAUGGGGUACUAUUCAUCGCACGUCUUGGUUCGGGUACCAUAGAAGAUUGAAUGAUUAGAUGGGAUGAAAAUUUCGUCCUGUAUACUACAUAUCAACAACAUCAAACAGCAAAGCAAGAAGAAAAGAUCCUAAGCAAAUGAACAAGAAAUAACAC